AUGGACGUCUUCACAGGAACGUCGGCGCACCUGGAAGACGUCAUCACGGCCGCAGGCACAGCGGUGGACAAAGCACGUGCUGCUGAGGUGUGGUGGGACAACGCGAAGAGCGAGCUGCGAAAGAAUCGCGGAGUGCAAAGCCGAGUGGAAGCAAAAGAAGCGGCGAGCGCUCUCACGAUCACAUAUGCAUCAUCCUGCGCGGUCACAGCGGCUCUUCUACCGGUGCCACCGGAGCGUGACACUGUCACUGACUUCCUCAGCUCGAUCCCACCGAGGACGCCCGGCGCCAUUAUGGCGGCGCUGUACAUCGAAGUGUCGGAAGCUGAUGUACUGAAGUCCGUCUGGCGGUGCAAGUGCGGAAAGGCGUGGAGUCCGGACGAGCUCGGCAACGACUGGUAUCGCGACAACGAGGACAGUCUCGUCCCUCUGCUGGUGCGGCUGUUCAACGUGUGCGUACUCAGCGACAUCUUGCCGAGCACCUUCGGUAAGGCGGUGGUAGCGUGCAUCAAGAAGUCUAAGAGUGCGGCGCGCCCGCUCGACUAUCGCCAGAUCUCCCUCCUGAAAUCGGACUAA